AUGAAGUUCAUCAUCCUGGUUGUUCUCUUUGCCGCUGCUGCUGCCGAUUCCUACAAGGCGGUGGAAUAUGCCACCAAGUACGAAGCACCUAAAUACGUAGCUCCUAAGUACGAAUCACCCAAAUAUGAAUCACCUAAGUACGAAACACCAAAGUAUGAGGCCCCUAAGUACGAGUCCCCUAGGUACGAAUCCCCCCAGUAUGAAACUUCUAAAUACGAAGAAGUGGCAUACGCCCCUCAGCCCUACAGCUUUGGGUACGACGUCCAGGAUAAGGAAUCGUUUACUGAUUUUGAUCACUCCGAGAAAUCGUACGACAAAGUUACCACUGGAUCUUACCGUGUUGCCCUCCCCGAUGGUCGCACCCAGAUCGUUACCUACAAGGCUGACGCUUACGGAUACACCGCUGAUGUGAAAUACGAGGGAGAGGCUCAAUACCCGGAAGAGACACAAUACAAGACCCCCGCUUACCCUGCCCCUGCCUACAAAGAGCUGGAAUACAAAACUCCCAAAUACAAAGCUCCAGCUUACAAAGCUCCCGAAUACAAAACCCUUGCUGCCUAUGCCAAAUACUAA